CAAACAUCUGAAGAAGUGGUGUUGCUGUGUUUGGAAGAGAGACGUCGAGAACUGGAAGGGGGAGAAGAGCAUUAGUGAUAAUGGAUAUUAUACGACUCUGCUGGUGACUUAGAAAAUGUAUCAAAUUCGGAAUUAUGGCCAUUUAUCCCUGAAGAGUUUCCUAACUUACUCCAACUUGAAAACCAUGCUUGUAGUUAAACACUGAAACAUGUAUUAAAUGUGGCACAUAUGCCUUAUACUUUUAUUAUCUUUGAUCAUCAUUUUUAGUCCAAAAAGAUCUUUUGAACCUCUGCAUUUAAAAUCGAAGAUUUAAAAACCGGGAAGCAAAAAUGCCGGUCCAAUCACUUUCAGAAUUCAUUGAUUGUUUUGAGGGGACCAGUGGUACUGAUGGCUCACAAACUAAUACUUCGGAUUCAUCCCAUUCAAUCAAGACAACAAACACAAUUUCCCACAAAACAUUGCAAGAAACCUUUCUGAUAAAAGCAGAUGGAGCUAUGACCUUUGACUGUAUGUUUUGCGAUGACAAUUUCAAACAUCAUGAAGAACUUGGAAAACAUGUUUUAGCUCAGCAUAGACCGACAGUGUGUGAGCCAACUGUUCUUCAGUUUGAAGCAGAGUUUCUCAGUCCUCAGGAUAAGUCUCAAAAAAAUGUAUUGCCUCCAACAAACAAGGGCAAAAUAGAUGAUUUUGAAUGUGACGUUUGUGGGCAGACCUUUAUUAAAUCCAUUGCUCUUGAGGCACACCUAAAAAAACACAAAGACUCCUUUACAUACUGCUGUAAUGUGUGUGGAAGAAGAUUCAAAGAACCUUGGUUUCUUAAAAAUCAUAAGAGAACUCAUACUGCCAGAUCUGGAGCAAAAAAUAAACUGCAGACCUGUUCUGAAAUGCCAGCAACUAUAAAUGAAGUGGUACAGGAAAAGGAGGUUAAAAAUGAAACUUCUCCAUAUAAAUUGUGCAUGGUUUGUGGAUUUAUCUUCCCUGAUAAAGAGUCUUUAAAGGAGCAUAUUAAAGUACAUAACAAAGACUUAGUCUCCACAGAUGAAAACGAUUCAGCCUCACUUUAUGAGAAAGCUGAAGAAAAAUUGGGUCCCUCGAAAGAAGAUUUUUUUGGCUUUCUAAAUCUUAAGCCAAGUAUACCAACAUUUAAGAAAUCUGAAACCUCUGGACAUUGGAUUCGAGAACUAGGUCCUUUUAAUACCUAUCAGGCUUGGCAACUAGCUACUAAAGGCAAGGUUGCUGUUGCACACACUCGAGUAAAAGAGCCAGUGCGUGAAUUCAAUAUCCAGAGUGAAAAGAUUGAUGAACAAAAUAAGAAAUCUAAAAGUUCUGACUGUUUGGAAAAUGUUGAAUCACAGGACAAAGAAAAUCUUAAUCACAAUUCUAAAGUGCCUUAUGCUGAUGUGGAGAAAUUUCCCGAUAAAAACAAGUCAACACUAUGUAAUGACUGUGGAAAAUUCUUUAAAACUUACCACCAGCUUGUUUUGCAUUCACGAGUACACAGAAAAGGAAGGACUGACUCUGAGUCUUCCAGUGGUGUUGAAGAAUGUCUGCCUAUACUAGUAUCACCUGAUAUUAUUAAUUUUGAAGAUAAUGAAAUAAUUCAGCUAGAUGGUGAUAAUGACUCUGAAGAAGGACAAGACGAUUACACAUGUGAUUCUCCUAAUACAGAUAAAAAGGAAGAUGACCCAGAAAAAACAAAAGGAAAAAACCUUCCUUGCUCCAAAGAAUGUAGUUAUUGUGGCAAAUGUUUUCGAUCAAAUUAUUACCUCAAUAUUCAUCUCAGGACACACACGGGUGAAAAACCAUACAAAUGUGAUUUCUGUGAAUACUCUGCAGCUCAGAAAACCUCUUUGCGGUACCAUUUAGAACGCCAUCAUAAAGUCAAGCCAGGUGAUUCAAAUGCACGUGUGAAAGAUAUCAGUAAAAGUUUACAACUUGCUCAGGGGUCUGAAGAAUCUUCUGUGGUCCAUAGCAAUAUUAAAGAGACCAAACCUUCCAAAAAGCAUUUGAAUAAUACCAAAGAUGAAUUUCUAGGAACAAAGCUUGAAAAAAAUGAACUUCCAUUAUGCAACAAUUUGGAAAAUACACUUGUUCCAUUUGAAAACCAGGGGGAAAAUGACUUUAAGGAUUGUGAACAUAGACUAACUUUCAAAGGAGCAGACGAAGAUGAGGUCACACCUCUACAGUUCUUACCUAUGAAAGAUGAUGUUUCACUGGACUUGGAAGACCAUAAUCCUCAAGUUCUUACUUUCUCUGAAAUCUAUUUAAACACUGAGGCUAUGCCACUCAAUUUGUCUUUAAAACCUGCUGAUUUCUCUAUAACUACAGUUGACCGUGCCUUGCUCCCUACUAGCAACUGUCCUUAUUGUAGUUUCAAAAGCCUUUACCCAGAGGUGUUAAUCAUACACCAGAGGUUGACACACAAAUCAGUCUAUGAUCUUUCUUUAAAAAAUGUUUGUAAUACUAAGAAUCCUGUGAAUGUAUGCAGAAGCAGAAGCACUUCUUGUCCUCCUGCCCUUCUCGGGGUGGAUGUGCCUCCACUUACAGAUGGUACUAUAUCUAAUAUUUAUACUUCAGCUCAUUCCAAAGCACUUUACAGUGAGAAAGCUAAACAUUCAGCAUCUCAUUUACCAAAUGCUGGUAUUCCUUCUGCAACGGACUCUAAAAUUAUGGAGAGGCGUAACAUCAAAUUGCCCAUAAAACAAAACAAUGAGGCACAAAUGAGUAGCUACAAUUUCAUGCAGCCAGAUUUGCAAGGUAUUUCUCAUUUGCUUGAGAGAAUGAAACGGCAAGAACAAAAAGAAGUUACUCUGAAUGCACCAGCCAAUAGUAGGAACAGUAAUGGGUACAAUGAUUAUCAUAAUCCAGCUGUUCGGGUUAAUGAACAUUCAUUUAAAAGACCUAUAAAAAUGCCUCAUCUAGAAUUUGGGGAACCCUCUUCAAAAAAACUCAAGAACAAUGUAAUAUGCCUAGAGCAAAAGAGUUACCUAAAGAAUGAUGCAACAAAAAAACAAGUUAAUCCUAGAAAUGUAAAUUUGCUGGUCCAUGAAAUUUCAUCCAUAAAAUCGGGAAACUUAAAUUUGCCACAUGAAGUUGUUUCUCGUAGGAAUGGAAUUGUGAAUUCAUAUGAUCAACCUAAUGCUGGAUCAGUAUAUACUGCAACAGACCCUUCUAAUUAUUUGUCAUCAAGGUCUGCGGUGACAGUCAGUCAGUCUUCAUACCAACGGUUGUCUAAAAGAGUUUAUGGACAAAAUGACAAGAGAAUCUGAAAUACCGCUCGUCUAGUUUCCUUAUAAAAAACUUACUGAAGCCAACUUUGGAAAUCGAUCUUGAUGAUGUGAAGAAGCGAAAAAUGAAUUCUUCAAACACUAACCCUUCUUUUUUUUUUUUUUUUUUUUUUGUUUUGUUACUUUUGAUUCACGUUUUGUACAGGGGUCAAUAAAGGAUAUUGUAGUAUAAAGUUAUUGGAAUAUUCUAUAUUUCUUUUGAUAAAUUUUGUUUUAUUAGUAAAGAAACCGACCAGAUAGGAGUGGAACUAUUUUUGCAUAUCCUUUUCUUAAAGAAAACUGCCUCAGGAAAAUUCUAUAAACCAUUUACUGCUAGCUCUUUAAUUGGAUGUUAGUCAAACUGAUAUCAAAACAGUUUGAUUUAUAUUUCUGUGAACUGAUUCUGUGAAACUCUCAUUAAACAGUGCAACAUCAUAAUUCUUGAUGUUGUGUUUUUUUUUUUUUUAUAUCAAUUUAACUACAGAGAUCUUACACCAAAAUUUACCAUUUUUGUUUACUGAAGAUAAGAGUGGAUUCUAGAUAUAACUGGAGAAUGAACGGAACAUUCUAGUUAACCGUUACAAUAUACUGUUGGCAAAAAUGGUUCUAGCAAAAGCUAUCAUUGAUUUAGUGAUAGCUAAACUUUGCACACAAGCUGCAGAGCAUACGAGAGUUCUCUUAGCAGGCACAAACUUGAGUGCUUGCAGCAUAGAAAGUAUAAAUCACACGCACAGUAAAUGCCAUCAUUGAAUAGUGAUGGCUUUAAAGUGAUUGUUAACGUUCAUGAUAAAGUGCCAGGUUUUAAAAAAACUAUUAAAAACAGGGGCACUUUCAUUCAUGAAAGUUUACAUUGCACCAGAUUUUACAAAUACUUACCAUCUCUCUCUCUCUUCCCCCCCCCCCCCCUGUUUCUUCAUGGUGUACUUGCACAGCAAUGACUAAACUGGCUUCCUCCAAUCACUGCGUGGCCUCACCAGAUGGACGCUCCUGGGGGGGGGGGGGGAAGCAGUGAUUGGAGGAAGCCGGUUUCAUCAUUGCUGACAAAGUACAGAGGACCUGCAGGCGGGGAAUCAGCGAUCCAACGUUUCAGGAGAAGAAAAGUAUAUAUAAAAUCUGGUGCAAUGUAAACUUGAAUGAAAGUGCCCCUGUUUUAAUAGUUUUUUAAAAACCGGGCACUUUAUCAUGAAAGUUGACAUUCACUUUAACUAGAAGCAUUUUUGCUCAGUCAAAUAUUGUGUAUGUGUCGUCAUCCUUAUUAUUAUUAUUAUUUUUUUAUUUUUUUUUGUUUCUCAUUUUGUGUUCGUAUACCACGUCUUGAAGAUCUCUUGCCUUGGGUUACCUCUUUUUGUGCCUUGUGUACGUUUCUAAUCCCAUUCCUUUUUUUGAUCCUGUUCAAUACUGUAUUGUGUGUGUGUGUUUUUAAAAACGGGGGCAUACAAGUAGUAAUACAUUCCAGCUAUUAACAUUUCUAUUAAAUCAGUAGACAAACUGCUAUGUAUAAAUAGACUAACUUUAUUUUCAAAUCGAAUACAUUAGCUAAAAGUUUAACUGUAACCUUUACUCCCCACCUCUUUUUGUAUAUAGCCAAUUUGGCUACAGCUUAUCUGUCACGUUAUCAUUUAGCUUCUCUGUUUAGAUCAAUUGUUUAAAUUUUUUUUAUUAAAUUUAUUUAAUCAAGAGCAGUUUAAGACUAAAUGCCCAUUUAAGUAUAUUUGAUUACACAUUUGUGGUAGACCCUCCUUUUUUCUUUGUAGUAAAAUGUGUACAAGAUUAUCCCAGUUAUCCCAAGGAAACUGAGGGAUUAUAGGAAUGUAGCUGUCGGCUCUUCAGACCUUCAUAACAUUGUUAAUAUUGGGACGCUCUGUGAUGCUGGAUAAGUAAACAUGUGUGUGGUUUUGUUUUCCCAAAAAGGGGUUGAUUCUAUAUAUUUAAUUUUUUUUAAGGCAAUGUUUCCCUUUUAGGCAAGGAAGGCCCCACCACUCCUUUUUUAAAGGCCCUUAUUCAUGUUUACAUAGCUUUUGUGUUUCAAGAUUUGGUCAUAAUAAUUUUAAACUAUAAAGUGUUAUUAAAAUUAAGAACCAAGUGUAUGAUUUCUAUUUCUAUGGGCAAUGAGCCAUAAUUUUUGUUUUUACUUGAGUUACUUAGGACACUAGCUGCCAUUAAAUAUAUAUUUGCUAGUUUAUUCAUAACCCAAUGCUGCUUUUUUCUACAAUGAUCAACUUUUUUUUUUUAUUUAAAUUCUCUAAUGUUCCAGUGAUCUACAAUUUUCAUCUUUCAUAAUUCAAGUUGGCCAUGUGUUGUCAAAUUGUACGGUUUGCCUUUUUUCCUGUCUAAGCUGAGCCAUAUAUACAGUGUGUAUGUUUUGCACUUUUCAUUGUUGGGACAUUUUAUUUCACCAAACCUAAAAUGUGUGUUUGUUAAUUUAUUCUCUUAGGACUGCAAACAUUUUGUCAACAGUGUAAUUUCCAUGUAUCAUUUUAUUUUAAAAAGUCUUUAAUUUAACAGUACUCAUUCUGGUUAUUCAGUAUUAAUGUUUGGAUACUACUGGCUUAAAGGGAUAUGAAACCCAUUUUAUUUUUUUCUUUCCUUCAUGAUUCAGAAAGUAGUAAAUUGGAAAGUUGCAUGCUCUUAUCACUUUGCUUCAUUCUCUUGGUAUUGUUAUUUGAAAAAGAGGAUUGUAAGCUUAGGAGCCGGGCCAUUUUUGGUUCAGAACCCUGUGUAGCGCUUGCUGAUUCGUGGCUACAUUUAGCCACCAAUCGGCUUGUGCUAAACCAAAAAAUGGUCCGGCUCCUAAACUUGCAUUGCUGCUUUUUAAAUAGAUACCAAGAGAACGAAGAAAAAUUGAUAAUAUGCAAUUUUAAGCAACUUUCCUAUCUGUAUGAUGAAGGGAAAAAAUGGGUUUGAUAUCCCUUUCAUUUUUGACCCUUUCAUUUUUUUAAAUAUUUAUUUCAUUAUACUUUUGUUUCAAUUGUGUAAAUGGUUUCUCAACAGAUACAAUGUAUUUAAUUUAUGUUCAUAUAUCUCAUGGUGUGUAUCGCCUUUUUGAUUUGUAAAUACAGAUUUGGCAUUUUGCA